UUAGAGGUAACACACGCUGGCAAGAAAGCUGAAAGGCGUGAAUUUUCAUUUUGGUUGCACAGACAGAGCUGCAUGUGUUGAAAACCAAGGUCCUAUACCUACCUCCAAAAAAAUAUAUACGCUAACAUGAAUUCUGAAGAAUUCAGAAACAGAGGAAAGGAGAUGGUGGACUACAUUACAAAUUACCUUGAACAGAUAGAAUUAAGGCAAGUUUAUCCUUCUGUGGAACCUGGAUACUUGCGACCCAUGAUUCCAGAUUCAGCCCCGGAAGAAGGAGAGACAUAUGAAGAUAUCAUGAAAGAUGUUGAGAGAGUUAUCAUGCCUGGGGUUACUCACUGGCACAGCCCAUAUUUUUUUGCGUACUUUCCAACUGCAUCAUCAUACCCAGCAAUGCUGGCUGACAUGUUGUGCGGGGCAUUAGGAUGCAUUGGCUUUUCUUGGGCUGCAAGUCCAGCAUGCACAGAGCUUGAAACGGUAAUGUUAGACUGGUUGGGAAAGGCAAUUGGUUUGCCGGAACAGUUUCUAGCUGGCACGAAUGGUGAAGGAGGAGGAGUAAUUCAGGGCACUGCAAGCGAAGCAACAUUAAUGGCUCUUCUAGCAGCCAGGACCAAGGUUACAAGGAGACUCCAGGCUGAAAACCCUGACUUAACUGAAGCUGAAAUUAUUAGUCGUAUGGUAGCUUAUUCUUCAGACCAGGCUCAUUCAUCUGUGGAAAGGGCUGGACUAAUUAGUGGGGUGAGAAUGAAGAAGAUUCCAUCAGAUGAGAACUUCACAGCUCGUGGAGAGGCUCUCAAGAAAGCUUUAGAGGAAGACAAGGCAGAAGGUCGUGUACCAGUGUUUUUAUGUGCCACCUUGGGAACAACAACAUCAUGUGCUUUUGACAACCUAAUGGAACUAGGGCCUAUUUGUAAUGCAGAAGACAUGUGGCUCCAUAUUGAUGCUGCAUAUGCAGGAAGUGCCUUUAUUUGUCCAGAAAAUAGAUAUCUUAUGAAAGGUGUAGAGUUUGCAGAUUCUUUUAACUUUAAUGCUCACAAGUGGCUUCUGGUCAACUUUGACUGCUCUGCAUUUUGGGUAAAAAAGAGAUCAGACCUAAUCUGUGCCUUCAAAAUUGAUCCCGUUUACCUUCAACAUGAUCAUCAAGAAUCUGGAUUAGUGACAGACUACAGGCAUUGGCAGAUCCCACUGGGAAGAAGGUUUCGAUCUCUAAAAUUGUGGUUUGUCUUAAGAAUGUAUGGCGUGACAGGACUUCAGGAUUAUAUACGAAAGCAUAUGCGAUUAGCACAGGAAUUUCAUGAGUUUGUGAAAAAUGAUGAUCGGUUUGAAAUAUGUGCUCCGGUUAUUUUGGGUCUUGUAUGCUUCCGUUUAAAGGGAUCGAACACAUUGAACAAAUCACUUCUUCAAAAGAUAAAUACUUUAAAGAAAAUACAUUUAGUCCCAUCCUGUUUAGGAGAGAAGUUUAUUCUACGGUUUGCUGUAUGUGUCCGAACUCUUGAAUCUAAUCACGUUGCAUUUGCCUGGAAGCACAUUGAAGAACUGGCCACUGAAGUCCUAAAGGAAGGGGAAAAACAAUAACUUUAUGGCCAAGAUGCUACUUAUCAAGGAAUAAGAAAAAUAUAUUAUGCUUACAAACCCUGUAUUUUUCCUAAAAUUAUGUAUUUUCUUGUUGACAAUACUGUCAGAAGAAUGUGAAUCAAUAACAUUAAAUAAAUGUAUGUAUUAUUGAAUCAGACAUUAAAAAGAUCCCGCAG